CUUUAUCGGUUUAUUGAAGCUGUGUCUACUCACAUGCACUCAAUCGAAAAUAGUUCAAUAUUGCCCGAGGCUUUUAGCAGGGUUCUUGAUAAGCAUAUUACGAAUAGUUUCUGACAGUUAGGCCAUUUUCACAGAAGCAGCGUACAUCACAAGUAGUUGCCACGAGGCUCACUGCAUCGGUUGAGAGGCGUUGAGUUAACUUCUGGUGUGUUCUGGGCUCCUCCACUCUCUACAUACAGCUGGAAGAUCGUUAGAAAGAAGUGUCGCAACAAAGCCUGCAAGAAUGAGCAAACUCUUUUGGCUAAUAUCUUGCCUCAUGGCCGUCGGAUUUUAUGCAGAAUUAUGUGAAACAUCUUCAGUUGACAGGAUUGAAGGAGCAGCUCUGAAGAUUGCAACAUUUAACGUCCAAAUAUUUGGGUCAAAGAAAAUGGCAAAUACUUUGGUCAGAGAAAUAUUAGUCAAGGUGAUUUUAAGGUAUGAUAUCAUAUUGAUCCAAGAAAUUCGUUCAAAAAGAGAUCGACCGAUAAACUUGCUGUUCGCGGAUGUCAACAGGGUUUCAUCUCCCCCCGGCGUCUAUAAGAUGGCGUUGAGUGUCAGGCUUGGUCGCACAGCCAGCAAGGAGCAGUAUGCAUUCUUAUACAGGAGUGACAAGGUAACCGUUACGGACAGCUAUUUGUAUCACGACAACCAAGACACAUUUCAAAGAGAACCUUUUGUUGUCCGUUUCCAAGCCAAAGGAGCAUAUGUGUCAGACUUUGCUAUGGCUGCCAUACAUACUUCACCAAAGGCUGCAGAGUUGGAAAUCGACCAUUUGGUCGACGUUUAUGACGACAUUGUGCAACGAUGGCAAUUGAGAGACGUUAUGAUUUUAGGCGACUAUAACGCCGGCUGUAGCUAUGUAACCAGGUCAGAGUGGCGUAAAAUAAGGCUAGCAACGGACAAGCGAUUCUAUUGGCUCUUUUCUGAUCUGAUGGACACUACAGUUGCGAAGUCCGAUUGCCCGUAUGACAGAAUGGUAGUUGCCGGGUAUAAUAUGAUCAGAGGAAUCUUUCCAGACAGUGCCUAUGUGUUUAAUUACAAAGAUGCUUAUGGAUUGAGUCAGGAUGAGGCGGAGAAAGUGAGUGAUCACUGGCCCAUUGAGAUACAAUUUAAGGAUUCAACUUACAGAGAUGAGGAACAGUUCUUCCAAGAGUCUGUUACAGUCACCAUCAGGGAUAAGCGUAUAUCAAAGGUCUCCGAAGACCAGCUUUUCCUGAUGAGUUCCGAAAACCCACUGCUGUCGCAAGGUUUCACUGCGAAAACUACUUACAACAAACGUGGUAUGGAAAACAUCAUCAUUUCAAAGGAAACUGUUUCAGUCGGAGAGGCGAGAGAUGCCGUAAAGACUUUCCGCGAGACUUAUCCGAAGCUAGUUUCCUCCUCACAAGAAGCUGUAAGCAAACGAAAAAUCGGCCAGUUAACACAAGUUGGAGAUGCCGACUGCGUCGCUAGACAGCACGAGACAACAGUCUACCAAAUGCUCUCCAACACUUGCCAUGAUGUGAAAGUGAAGGAGAUUUAUUCAGUUCAACUUGUCUGUAAUGUGCCGCUUGGCUUGUGCGAGAUCAAUGUAGAAGCAGCUAAGUCACUCCCUUUUCAAAAAGUUUAUUAUCAUAAAUCUGUACGUGAUCAGGCGGUUAUAUCACAUCAGUGCCACAGAUACCAGAGAUCGUUAGAAAGGAGUGUUGCUACUAAAUCUGCAAGAAUGGGCAAACUACUUUGGUUAAUAUCUUGCCUUAUGGCCAUCGGAUUUUAUGCAGAGUUAUGUGAAACAUCUCCAGUUGACACGAUUGAAGGAGCAGCUCUGAAGAUUGCAACAUUUAACGUCCAAAUAUUUGGGUACAGAAAAAUGGCAAAUCAUUUGGUCAGAGACAUAUUAGUCAAGGUGGUUUUGAGGUAUGAUAUCAUACUGAUUCAAGAAAUUCGUUCAAAGAACGAGGGACCAAUAAACGAGCUGUUGGCGGAUGUCAACAAGGAUUCAUCUCCCCCCGGCGUCUAUAAGAUGGCGUUGAGUGUCAGGCUUGGUCGCACAGCCAGCAAGGAGCAGUAUGCAUUCUUAUACAGGAGUGACAAGGUAACUGUUACGGACAGCUAUUUGUAUCAUGACAACCAAGACACAUUUGAAAGAGAACCUUUUGUUGUCCGUUUCCAAGCCAAGGGAGCAUAUGUGUCAGACUUUGCUAUGGCUGCCAUACACACUUCCCCAAAAGCUGCAGAGUUAGAAAUCGACCAUUUGGUCGACGUUUACGACGACAUUGUACAACGAUGGCAAUUGAAAGACGUCAUGAUUUUGGGCGACUAUAACGCCGGCUGCAGCUAUGUAACCAGGUCAGAGUGGCUUAAAAUAAGGCUAGCAACGGACAAGCGAUUCUAUUGGCUCUUUUCUGAUCUGAUGGACACUACAGUUGCGAAGUCCGAUUGCCCGUAUGACAGGAUGGUAGUUGCCGGGUAUAACAUGACCAGAGGAAUCUUUCCAGACAGCGCCUAUGUGUUUAAUUACAAAGAUGCUUAUGGAUUGAGUCAGGAUGAGGCGAAGAAAGUGAGUGAUCACUGGCCCAUUGAGAUACAAUUUAAGGAUUCAACUUACAGAGAUGAGGAACAGUUCUUCCAAGAGUCUUUUACAGUCACAAUCAGGGAUAAGCGUAUGUCAAAGGUCUCCAAAUACAAGCUUUACGCAAUGCGUUCCAAAAACCCACUGCUGUCGCAAGGUUUCACUUUGAAAACUACUUACAACAACAGGAAAAUUGACGAAAUUAUCAUUUCAAAGGAAACCGCUUCAGUCGGAGAGGCGAGAGAUGCCGUAGAGGUUUUCCGCAAGACUUAUCCAAAGCUAGUUUCUUCCUCACAAGAAGCUGUAAGCAAACGAAAAAUCGGCCAGUUAACACAAGUUGGAGAUGCCGACUGCGUCGCUAGACAGCACGAGACAACAGUCUACCAAAUGCUCUCCAACACUUGCCAUGAUGUGAAAGUGAAGGAGAUUUAUUCAGUUCAACUUGUCUGUAAUGUACCACUUGGCUUGUGCGAGAUCAAUGUAGAAGUAACUAAUUAGUCUUUGUAACUUUUAGCAUUGCAACCAUUGUCCAUUUCGUCAGCUUUUCCGUAAAUUACAUGUAGCCUGGUCUGUUUAGCACAAACGAUCGAAAGAUAACGCGCGUCACAGAUAUUUGUCGACACCCAGCAAGAGCUGUUGAGUCUAACGCCCGAUAAA